UGGUUUGGAAGGCAAACUGACCUCAAGUGAAAAAAAAAAGUUCAUGAAAGAACUCCAUGUAUGGUCCAGGGUAUAUUCAAGAAGUCAUACAAUAAUAGUUAUCCACAAGUAUAAUUCAACUCAAUGAGUAUACGGAUUAGUAGGAGGCCAAUAGGUCUUCAGACUUUACGUCAAAGUUUUAAACAAAAAAUCCCAUCAUCAAUAGGUUUCAUAAGGUCAUUACAACAAAGUUCUCGAGCUUUAAAAGAAGGUCCAGACUAUAAGAAGCUUAAUAAUGAAUUCAAAAAACUUCAAGAAUUAAAGGAAAGUUAUAAGAAUGCUAAUGGCUUGCUUGCUAAGCUUCAGAUCAGAAGUCAGAUUGUUGAUCAAGAAAUGAAAUUACAAAGUGAUCAACUUUCUCUUUUGAAAGAUGAUGUAAGUCAUCCAACUUUAAAACUUACUUUUGAUGCCACUAAUAUUGAAAAGAUUGAAGAAUACAAGAUAUGGUCAGAGUUCAUGCUUGGGUCAUUCUUGGCUGAAUGUAAGAAAUACGAACUUAAAAAGUAUGGUAAUCCUGAUGAAAUCAUUGAAAAUAUCAUAAAUACAUUUAAAGAAGAAUAUUCUCAAGUAACAGCUCCAACUAAAGAUGAUGUGCUUUACUUUUUCAAAUUAUAUUACUGUUUACUGAAUAAUAUCAUUUAUCUUGAUGAAUUGAAGAUUGAUAAUGAUCAAGUAUCCCAAUUAUUAAAUUUUUAUACUGAUUUAGAUCCAAGUUCAGAAAGAGAUACUAAUAUUGAAACUGUGUCUAAGAAAUUCGAUAUUUCCCAACAAGUGGCUCAGGAAUGGUUUGAAAUCUUUGAUAUCUUCGCUACAGUUCCAUUUGCUAGUGUAGGUGAAAAAUUCAAUAAUGCAUUAUGUCCUAAAGAAUAUUCCAGUUUUGUGGAGUUACAAGAUACUAUGACUGAUUUACGUGAAAAAUUUAAAGAUCUUUAUACCAGUAAACCAAAAUCAGGUAGUACUGAUACUGGAUUUGGUGAUUUCAUGUUUAAUACUACCUCAAAUGAAAAGAAAUCCAAUAACUCGAAUAAGAAAUCCAACAAUACUGACAAGAAGAAAGAUAAAAAAGAUGACGAUAAAGCCACUCUUGAUUUCACCAUCAACCUUAAUAGUCCAAAUAUGAGAUAUUUCCAAACUGGUAUGUUAUUUGGUUUACUUUCCUAUAUUCUUUAUAGUGUAAAUCAAGAAGAUGAUGGUGAAGUUAGUUUCCAACAAUUUACCGCUGAUUAUUUAAGUAAAAAUUUGGUUGAUAGACUUGUGGUCGUUAAUGGUCGUACUGCUUAUAUUGAACUUAAUCAAAACGGUAAAGCUCAAUAUGGUCAACAACAUAGAUUAUAUUUCAACAUUGGAUCCAUGGAAGCCUUUGAAAGAAGUUUAAAGGAAGCUCAAGAUCAAUAUAAUGUGGCUGAUUCAAUGAGACUUCCAGUUAUUUAUGCUAAUGAAGGAAGCACCGGAAAGAUGAUUAUCAAUUUCCUUCCAACUGUUCUUUUCCUUGGUGCUAUAUAUUAUAUGACUAGAAAAGCCACCAUGGGUGGAUUAGGUGGUCCAAUGGGAUUUGGAAAAUCAACUGCUAAGAAAUUUAAUCAAGAAACUGAUGUUAAAAUUAGAUUUAAAGAUGUGGCUGGUAUGUCUGAAGCCAAAGAAGAAGUUAUGGAAUUUGUUAAAUUUUUACAAAACCCUGAAAAAUAUGAAAAACUUGGUGCUAAAAUCCCAAGAGGUGCUAUUCUUUCAGGUCCACCAGGUACAGGUAAAACUUUAAUUGCCAAAGCUACUGCUGGUGAAGCCGGUGUUCCUUUCUAUUCUGUUUCCGGUUCUGAAUUCGUCGAAAUGUUCGUUGGGGUAGGUGCUUCAAGAGUUCGUGAUUUAUUUAAAACUGCUCGUGAAAAUGCUCCUUCUAUUGUUUUCGUCGAUGAAAUUGAUGCUAUUGGUAAACAACGUUCAAAGGGUAAUGCCAGUGGUGCAAAUGAUGAACGUGAAACUACUUUAAAUCAAUUAUUAGUUGAAAUGGAUGGGUUUGAUACUUCUGACCAUGUCGUCGUCUUGGCCGGUACAAAUAGAGCUGAUAUUUUGGAUAGAGCUUUAAUGAGACCAGGUAGAUUCGAUAGACAUAUCACUAUUGAUAAUCCUGAAUUACUGGGCCGUAAAGAAAUUUUCGAAGUUCAUUUAAGAAAAAUCACUUUAGCUGAAGAUAUUGAUAGUGAUUUACUGGGACGUUUGGCUGCUUUAACUCCUGGAUUCUCUGGUGCUGAUAUUGCUAAUGUUUGUAAUGAAGCUGCUUUAAUCGGUGCUAGAUUUAAUGCUAAGGCUGUUACUUUAAGACAUUUUGAAUUAGCGAUCGAAAGAGUGAUUGGAGGCAUUGAAAAGAAAUCCAAGCUUUUAAAUCCAGAAGAACAAAGAAUUGUGGCUUAUCAUGAAGCUGGUCAUGCUAUUUGUGGUUGGUAUUUAAGAUAUGCUCAUCCAUUAUUGAAAGUUUCAAUCAUUCCAAGAGGUCAAGGUGCAUUAGGAUAUGCUCAAUACUUACCACCUGAUCAAUAUUUAAUGAAUACAUUCCAAUUGUACGAUAGAAUGAUUAUGACUCUUGGUGGUAGAGUUUCAGAAGAACUUCAUUUUUCUUCAGUUACUAGUGGAGCUCAUGAUGAUUUUAAGAAGGUUACUAAUAUUGCUCAAUCUAUGGUAUUAAGAUUUGGUAUGUCUAAGGCUAUUGGUAUGGUUAAUUAUGCUGAUACUCAAUCUCAAGAUAAUUUAACUAAACCUUUCAGUGAUGAAACCAAUAGAACUAUUGAUCAAGAAGUGCAAAGAAUCGUUAGUGAAUGUUAUGAGAAAUGUAAGACUUUAUUAAAAGAACGUUCUCAUGAAGUUGAAUUAGUUGCUGAAGAAUUAUUAAAGAAAGAAUUCAUUACUAGAGAAGAUAUGAUUAGAUUAUUAGGUAAAAGACCAUUCCCAGAAACCAAUGAUGCAUUCGAUAAGUAUCUUGAUGGUAAAGAUGCUUUCAAGAAUGAAAAGCCUUCUGAAGAGAAAAAAGAUGAUGAAUUAUAAAUGAAAUAUGGUAUUAUAUAUAAUUAAAAACAAAAACAUUAAAUAACCCUCCAUUCUUGUACAUAUAGAUAUAUAAAUGAUAAAAUUUAUAAUAUAAAAAUACAUAUAUAAAUAAAUUAAAAACUAGACGCUACCAUUUUGAGUUUGUACACGACUUGUGGUGAAAAAACCAUAAACAGAGAACGCGAACAGUUUAAUAAAAUUCAAAAUUCAAUUCAGAUGUAAAUAUAUGUUAGAAAUAGCUAAACUACAAGUCAAUAUCAAUUAACCAUGAGUAGAUCAAGAUCAAGGCGAGGAGUAGACUCGGUAUCAUCAGAAGAUUCAGCAAGACCACAACGAAGUUCCAGAGCUCGUAGGCAGAAUUUGGCAGGCUUAGAUAUUGAUCCAGAUGAUGAUGAAGAUUUCGAUGUAUCG